UCGAAGAGACGAUACUACAAACCCAAACAUUCAAUGAGACUAUCGAUCUCUUAAUUUGACUCCUUAUAUAUAAGGAUAUGGUGUAGAAUAUAAAAACAUUCAGAUGAGAUAAUGGAGGUUCAGGAAUCUAAAAAGUUAAGCCAAUAUAGCAGUAUGCAAAAAUUACUUCUGGUUGGAGAAGGAGACUUUUCGUUUUCAUUGUCUCUUGCUAAAGCUUUUUCUUCUGCCACCAAAAUCACUGCGGCAUCACUUGAUGUUCGAGUUGGACUAGGGCGUCAGUACAACAAUGGAAAAGGGAACGUGGAAGAGUUGGAGAGGCUUGGGUGCACUGUGGUCCAUGGUGUAAACGUACACACUAUGACCUCAGACUAUCGCCUAUCUCGAUAUGACAGAAUUGUCUUCAAUUUUCCUGAUGCAGGGAAACACAAAGAUGUUGUGAGAGGAUUCAUGGCGAGUGCCCGGGAGAUGAUAAACGUAGGUGGGGAGAUUCAUUUCACUAGUAAGACAAUAUAUCCGUUUAAUAUGUCGGAUAUAAAAUCUCUUGCUGGAGAAAAUGGUAUGCGUCUAAUCCAGCCGAUGCAAUUCAAGAAAUGGAUAUUUCCAGGCUAUUCAACCAAGUGUGAGAGUAACUGUGACUCUCACUUUCCUUUCCGAUUUGUUGUUAUUUCUAUGCUUAAGAAAUAA